AUGGCCGCUUCGGGCGCUGUGCCCAGCGUGUGUCGCUGUUUCUGCGGCAAUGCCUGGCAGGACGAGGAGGACCGUGGCUUCAACACGGUCUCGGUGGGCAUCGGCUCCAUCAGUUCGCUGGACGUGCCGGAUGAGAUGCCGGAGGUCAUGGGGAUGCUGUCUUACAGCACAGAGAUGGACCAGCCGCUUCGAGGCAAGCCCAUCCGGGAAGGCGAGCUGUGGCAACUCUCUACCGAGGAGGCGAUACAAAGAGUCCGCCUCUCGUUGUACGUUAAUGGACUGUUCAUCUCGGGCGACACAAAACAGGUCUCCGUGCUUUUUUCGCCCUUCACCGUGGUGCGCAACUGCAAGUUUCAGGCCAACACCUGCGACAUCCAGGAAUUCAGUCUGUUCAAGAUCUUCAAGGUGCAACUCUACAUCUUGAGUCGCUGUUACUACUUCGGCGUCCGGGGCGAAGCUUCCAUAGGCGAAGAGGAACGUGCCUCCUGGGUCUGCGACAUCUCCACCACGGUGCGCUUGGUGACGCAGAGUCUCUUCCCGCCCUUUCGGAUUCUGUGCGAUCCCUUGCCCUUUCGCGAGCAGACGCACCGGCGGCUGCUGGCCGGAUAUUUGCUCCACAGUGAUGGACCCUACAUGGUCUCGGUGCUCUACUGUGAGCUGCAAGCGCAUCAAGGGGAUCAGGCCCUGCUGGUGCUCUACGAGAACGAGAGCUGUGAGGUGGCCUUGAACAGCGUGGUGCUGAACGUGGACGCCAUCGUGGCGGAGAAGGUGGGCAUCAAUUGCAGCUGCUUCACGGUGGAGAAGCAUGACUUCAGUUCGCGCACCUUAUCCGAGAGGAAGCUAUGGCUCCGGGCCAUCUCCAACAUCAAGGUGAAGUUGGCCAACGCUGCACCCUCCCCCAGCGCCUGUGAGCUGCGGUACUUCCGAGAGGCCAUCAAGGAACAUCUGGACGAGAUCCGCGCUACUUUGCAAUGCAAGGUGCGAACGGAUGCCUUGCUGCCUCCAAGUCCAAACAACACCUUCCAGUCCGAGCUCACCCCCUUCGCGGCGGGGCUCUGGGCGCAAGUGGAAAGUGAUCGAUCGAAGUCUGCGGCGCUGGUCACGGUCAAGGAACCGGACAGCCACAGCCCGGACAACGAUGCCAAUGGCGACGUUCCGCCUGAGAUGAACGAAGGUCUUUGA